UAAAAAUAAGAAUUUAUACAAUAAGAAGUGUUAAUUAUAAGGAAAAUUAUUUGAUCGUUACCGGAAACAUAAUCUAUGCAUUGAAAUUUUUCCUAGACAUCAUCACUAAGUAGUCGGACAACUUUUAGUUCUAUAUUUAUCUAGGUAUUUACAUACUUACAUUAAGGUUAUCACUGUAGUCCAGAAAAACAUAUUUGCAAACAGUCUUGCAUUUGCGUUCUAUAGUGCUAGCCAUAUAUUUCGUUAGCAACAAUUUGAUUUUAUUAACACACGAAAAAGACGUUAUUAUUAAUCCCAAAUAUCAAGGGAAUCGUUUUAAAAAUGAAUUGUUAUUAUUUGAUAUUUAUUUUUAUAUUGGUAUCAGGGAAUUCUGAUAAAUGUAUAAGAGAAGGAAUAUUAUCUAAAGAAACGUUAGCUGCUCUAAGUAAGAAAAUAAUUCCUGACAUAAAUAAGAAAAGUAAAGGUGAUGCUGGCCGAAUAGGUGUAUUGGGUGGUUCCGAUGAAUACUCUGGUGCUCCGUACUUUGGGGCCUACUCCGCACUAAGAGUUGGUGCCGAUCUGGUGUAUAUCAUCACUUCUGAAACAGCAGCUCCUAUAAUAAAAGCUUACAGUCCUGACUUGAUUGUGUACUCUUAUCUCAGUAAAAAACAUUCAUCAAAAAUCAGUGAAAUACUAAAGAAGCUGGAUGUUGUUGUGAUCGGACCUGGGCUUGGGAGAGAAGAUGAACAAAUUAAAUUGAUCUUUGAUGUAAUUGAAACGUGUAGAAGUUUAAAAAAGCCUAUCGUAAUUGAUGCUGAUGGUUUGUACGCCCUUUCUAAAAACAUUACAGUGUUACUUAAUUACCCAAAACCGGGGGUGAUUUUAACACCUAAUGGACGAGAAGCUGCAAGGUUAAUUGAAGCAAUAAAUUCCAAUGCAACACCCUGGUAUAAUUAUUGGGGAGGAAAUGUUUCAGUUUUAGUAAAGGGCUACGAAGACACGUGUUAUACUAGUGAAACAAAAUUUAACUGGUCACUGUUCGGAGGAGGAUCAGACCGGAGAGCGGCGGGACAGGGUGAUAUAUUAGCAGGUGCAUUAGGUACCUUUUAUAACUGGGCUUUAAAAUCUAAUUUGUGUGAGAAUGGAAACUCAACGCAAUUAGCUCAAAGUGUGGCUAUCUACGCUGCUGCAAAAUUUACAAGAACAUGCAAUACAUUUGCGUAUGUAGAGAACGGCCGCAAUAUGAUAGCCUCUGAUAUGUUAAAUAAAAUACAUACUGCAUUUGACGAAUUGUUCAGCAGCUAAAUUACAUUCACACAAAAGUAUUUCUUAGAUUUGUAAAGAUAAUACAUAUAGAGUACAUUGUAAUAAAUCGUUUUCUAUUUCAAUUCUCAGCAAAAACUAUUGUAUUAAUGAUAUGAGUUCAGUUCCGUAGACUAAUAAAAAUAUGAAUCUGUAAUAACUCUAAACAAUGUAUUAAACUAGGUAAUGUAAAUGUAC